AUGUUAUCAGCUCAACUGAAAAUAAUUGCGUUUGAAUUCGAAUCAUUUGGAUAUGAAAAUGUUGAAUUAGUACAUGCUUGUUCUGAAUUGUUUUUCUACUAUACAAUAGUUAUACAAUUUUGUUGGAUGUUAUCAGCUCAACUGAAAAUAAUUACGUUUGAAUUCGAAUCAUUUGGAUAUGAAAAUGUUGAAUUAGAACAGAAAAACGACUCUUGCUACAUGAAAAAUUUGAAUCAAAUACUUUUGGAUCAGACAAAGAUAAACGUGUCAAUUAAGAAGUUUCAUGAAAUCAUGAAACCGAUAACGUUGUUUACAUAUGUAUGCUAUUUAAAUAUUUUCAAUGCUUUCAUAUAUGUGUGUAUAUUGAUUUACUUUCAAAAUGACGAUGUAUUGUCAGUUACUUUUGUGAAAAUAUUAUUAACAACAUCAGUGGUCAUGAUCGAUUUGUUUGUUAUAAGCUAUUUUUAUGGUCAUCUUGAAAAUCAAAUGGAUGGAGUACAGUUUGCUAUGUAUAGUAUUAAUUGGACCGAUAAAAGUAUAAAAUUAAAAAAAAUGCUCUUGUUGGCUAUGAGUUUAAAUCACACGAACAAAUUAAAGAUGAAUAUUACUCCUCAAAAAUCGUUGAAUCUAGAAGUAUUUGGUUCGGCGAUGCGUGUAUCAUAUUCUAUAAUUUCACUCUUGGCAAAAAAACAAGUUCGAAAUAAGAAUUUAUUUUGAAUCAUUUUUGUUUUUUUAUAUAUUAAGUUUACUUUGUGUUAAAUUUUAAAAUAUAAUCUUUAAAUUAGGGCAUUAAAAACUUGAUUUGCAAAUAAGCUAUAUUUUCAUUUUAAUUUUUGGCAUUAUUAUUAAAAAAUACAUAAAUACCAGAAUGUAAGAAUAAAUAAAGUAUUUUUAUAUGUUGAACAGCUUGGUGAAACAAAUGUAGGUACGCGCUAAUUCUAGAACGUGCGUAUAGUACGUGUGUUUGAGGCGCCGCACUCUCAAGAGUAUACAAGAGUAACAAUGACAUAUAUUUAUUUUGUAAAUCGUUCUAAAAUUAUCGUAACAGAAUAAAUUUUAUAAGUUCACUACGAAAAUAUUAAGAUAAAUAACUUAUUAUUCUAUAUCUGUGUAAUCUACAGUCAAAUAAUAUUGAAUUAUUUUACAUUUUCCAUGAGCUUAUGAAAAAAACUUCUGCUGAAUUGAAUAU